AUGGCCGACGACGACGACCCUGUCAUUGCAUCCUACGAUGUCUGUUUGACCAGCAGCUUCUCGUCAGAUACCAAGGAUUCCUCGAAGUUGUAUCUCCUCCAAUAUCCUUCAUACCGCUCUCAUGACAGACCGUACAAUGCCGCGUGGGGCCAAGCCCCAACUUCCUUUCGUCUCAAAUCAGAAGCUGGUUUCAUAGAAAUUGACAUACCCAUGUUGACGCAAGGAUAUUACAGUGAAAGCGCAGGGGAAAGAUUUGGGAGAGCCGUGGCCGAGAGCCGCACCCUCAAUGCCGGAGGCUCGUUUGGUCUGGCCGGUGGCUUUGGGACGGGCACAGCACAGAUGAGACUGAAGGAUAUCCCUAUGCACGAUCAACCUCCCUCCCCUGCACCGUUGCUUAACACCCAGACCCUGGGUGGCAAGAUUGCGAACCAAAGCGCCCGCGAUCCCAUUUAUCUCGUGGGAUGCUUUCACCAAAACCGGAUCUACCUCUCCUACUUAGAUGCUGUUGUGCAGAUGCGGCCUCAACUACAUCACAUCGAUGCUGAAGAUGAAAUAAACCAAAAGCGAUUCACAGGUGGCAACAAUGCUAGCUCAUCCCGCCAAAAGCCGGGCCUGGAACAGCCGGCACCAAAAGUCGAAUCGAAAGCCAUCGAGAUCAAAAUCAGAGACACCAAGGACGAUUCCAAGGACCGUACCAUGAAUGAAAAUGCCAGGCAAUUGCGAGAUAUCCAAAUGGACCAGUGGCAGAAGUACGAAUGGGUUGAUGAGGACGAGCCCAGCGCUAAGACGGUUUUCGGCUCGCGGAUGUGCCUGGACUCGGAUCAGUUGCACGCUCUUCCCAAGCUGCAGAGCUGCAUCAGCAAUGGUGAUUGGUUGGACAAAAUGAGCGCGCCCCGGGAGGAUGGCAAGAAGGGCUUAUUGUCCAAGUUACGGGGCCGAGAACGAGAGCGAGCUCGAAGGAAGAAGGCGGAGGAAGAGAAGCGACAGCGUCAAAAGGAGGCAAACGGCGCAGCAUCUAGCAGCCAUGGCCCACUACUUAACAUGAGUGAGGACAGCGACUUAAGCAGCCCGGAGAUUACAGACGACGACCUGGCAGAAGAACACUCGGCAACAGCAAAGAAUGCGGUUGACGACAUUCAGAUCAAACAGGAGCCUGCUGCUUCUUUCCCAGCGUCGAGAAGAAAUCUUAUGUCAUCAGCCACGAAGUCUGUCCCAAGCAAUCCUCCAAAGAAGAGAGGACGACCAAGGAAAAACCCGCCUGCCGACUCGAUACCUGUUGGCAAGUGA